UUGAGACUUUAAAUGACAGAAAUGUUGUUUCUAAUCUAAUAUUGACUGUUUAACAGAUCAGCAGGGCCAGCUCCCGCCCCGAGGCUGGAUCACAGCUUUUCCUGCAGUACAGACAGAGAGGCAGACUGAAACAGAUCUGGGAGUCCCGGGAGAGGCGAUGAAGCUGCAGGAGCCGUCAGUAGAGAGCAGUGGCUCCACCUUCACUCCUCUGGUGGUGUUGGAGCUGACCUUAGACGCCAAGGAGGAAGCUGUUGCAUGGCUGCUGAGCAGAAUAAGAGACCCGCAGCAAAAUGGAGGUGCUGAGCUGCUUGUGGAGCAGCUGGGUCCUGGAGUUGGGCUUCAGGAGAAGGAAAACCCCAACAUGUUCCUGGUAGGGGCCUCCAGGCAGAGGCUGCUCUCCGGUGCUGAGGAUGUGGGUCUCUUCAAGGAGUUCAACGAUGGAUCUAUGAGGGGCUUCACCUGCUCCAACAAACACAACUUCAAAGACUUUCAAGGGGACGGAGACAACUUCCUCAGUAUGGCCGAGUGUCAAUACAUCAUUAAACAUGAGCUGGACACGUUACGAGCCAAAGAUGAGACUCACGUGCCAGGAUACACUCAGACCAAGCUCUACCCUGGGAAAUCCAUCAUUCGCAGACUGCUGUCCAAAGGAAUCCUCAUCCAAAUAUUUCCUCUGCAUGAGAAUGAAGAACUGAAGAGACUUUGUUUUACCUGGUACAAAAAGGUCAAGCUGUCUCUUCAGCCUCUCGAUGACAUCAGACACUACUAUGGAGAGGGUCAAGCUCUCUAUUUUGGCUUCCUUGAGUACUUUACCUUUGCCCUGGUACCCAUGGCUCUCAUCGGGUUGCUUUAUUAUCUGUUCGAUUGGGAGGAUUACGAUAAAUACGUCGUCUUCGCUAUGUUCAACGUCAUCUGGUGCACUCUUAUCUUGGAGUUAUGGAAGCGUUUCAGCGCCUCACUCGCCUACAACUGGGGCACGCUGAGCAGGAAGAAGGCGUUCGAAGAACCUCGGCCCGGUUUCCACGGCGUCCUCGGUUUCAACCCCGUGACGGGACGUCAGGAGCCUCUCUACCCCAACGCCAAGAGGCAGCUCCGUAUCUACCUUGUGUCCCUGCCCUUCGUCCUGCUCUGCCUCUACCUGUCCCUCUACGUCAUGAUGAUCUACUUUCAGAUGGAGGGAUGGGCGUUGACGGUCCACGAUGAAGACCCUACAUUCUGGACAGGAAUACUGUUGUUCAUCCCCAGUAUUAUCUAUGCUAUAGUUAUAGAGAUUAUGAACAUCAUCUAUAGAUGUGCUGCUGAGUUCCUCACUGAGUGGGAAAAUCACAGGUUAGAGUCGUCAUAUCAGAACCACUUGGUCCUCAAAGUGUUAAUAUUCAACUUCUUCAACUGCUUCGCCUCGCUGUUUUACAUCGCCUUCAUAAUGCAAGACAUGGUGCUGCUCAGACAGAGUCUGGCCACCUUGUUGAUCACCAGUCAGAUCUUGAAUCAGUUCAUGGAGGCCUUCCUGCCUUAUUGGCUCCAGAGGAGACGCAACAAGAAGUUGAUCCGUAAACUCCGGAAGAGAAGAACCCUGGAGGACAAGGAGCUUCCUCUGGCCGAGCAGGUCCGACUGGAGGCCGACAUGAGCACGUAUUUGGGUACAUUUGACGACUACCUGGAGCAAUUCCUGCUCUUCGGUUAUGUCAGUCUGUUCUCAUGCGUCUACCCUCUGUCUGCCGUCUUGGUGGUGCUGAACAACAUCACUGAGAUUUACUCCGACGCCUUCAAGAUGUGCCGUGUGUUCAAACGACCCUUCUCUGACCCGGCGGCAAACAUAGGAGUCUGGCAGCUCGCCUUUGAGGCCAUGAGCGUGAUAGCCGUUGUGACCAACUGUGCGCUGAUCGGCAUGUCUCCACAAGUCAAAGCUUAUUUCCCAGAGUCGGAGAUGCAGCUCAUACUGUGGACGGUGGCUAUUGAGCACGGGCUGCUGGCCUUCAAGUUCAUCCUGACCUUCCUCAUCCCAGAUGUUCCCAAACACAUCCAGAUCAAACUGUCCCGUCUGGAGUUUGAAUCACUGGAGGCACUCAAGAAAAAGAAAAUGCUUGAAGCCUCGGAGUUCAGUAAGAGCGUCCAGUGAGGAGGAAAGGAGAGGGUACAGGUACUGACCCCAGCAGACGCUUCAAGCAGCCCAUGACGAUCACGUUACUUUUCUUAUGUGUGCAUCGCUGAUAUUUUAGCUCAUGUUAUAUCUGCAAUAUCUACUGCAUUAAGCGGGCGAGUUUACGGUAAAAACGGGGUAAAACAGUUUGUUGUUCCAGUCUGGGAACAGCAGCUGACUGUUUUAGGCGUUUACCAAAUGUAUUAUGGGUAUUCUUUAAUGAAAUGUACUGUAUUGAGGGUUUAUUAUGGGGUGGUGUACACAGGAAGGUAUAUAGGUGGGAAAUUUGGUCAAAGCCAGGUGUUCAAAUCACAGGAGAAUGCUGUACAUGGUAUACUGUAACAAAUAUUGAUUUCAGUUUUCUGUUAUAUAUUUGUUUUAUUCUUCAGCCACUGAAGUCACUUUGGGUUUGGGAUUAUGCAAAAUGUUAAACUUUGUCCACCUACAAUUGUAAUUAAUAGAGGGUUAAAACCUUCAGUAAACACACUUCACCAAAGCCUUCAUCUAAUAACCUGCUGGCUUAACUGACAGAGUAACAGCUCACUGCUUCUAUCUCACUACUGAAGUCAUUUUAUAAUCCAGGUAUGGAAGUAAAGAAAGGCCCUAAAGAUUUUAAUCUAAUACCAGCUUUUAUUUUCUCUACUAUAAUACCACUGACUGUACAUCACUGAAAUAUCAUCUGUAUAAACUGAUGUGGUUUGAAUUCACUUCUUUUUAAUUCAGUGUUUGAUUUCAAUUUGCAUGACUUUUUUUUUUAAAGUUAUUAUUAUUCUUUUUUUAGGGUUGAUAAUUUCAGAUAGGAAGCUCAUGUUUCAUGAUUCUCAAGUUCAGUUAGUCAUUUCCAUGUUUAAAAAAUUCAAGUCAAGUCAAAAUUGCUCAACAUGGCGAUAAUCAGAUAUUCCCUAAAAUUCAAGACGG